AUCUUGCACAAGAUCCAUGGUUUUACGAUAUUCAAUUAGGCGAAAAUACAUGUAGAUUUCUUAUGAAAGAUAUUUGUAUUGCUGUUGGAAUUGAUAUUAAUGGUCGUGAUAUCGUUAAUCAUUCUGGACGAUCAACUCCAAUUACAUUUUUAUUCCAAAAAGGAGUGCCAAUAGUUACAACUAUAUCUUUAACUGGACAUAGAAAUAAUGUUGGAUUGAUACCUUUGAAUAAUUUAGAG